AAAAGAAAACAACUGAAUCUACCAAAUAAAGUAGGCCAACAAAACAAUAACUAUUUCUUGAGGCUAGGCAAAAACGUUAGACUUAACAUACAGUGAUACUAUAGUUGUAGCUGGAUGUUUAAUUGCUCAAGCCGAAAGAUUCUACGAACGUCCCUCAGUGAGCGGUUUAAUUGGUAAAUGGCGACAGGAUGUGCUGUGUGAAUGUGAAACUUGACCCCGAUAAUAGGGAAGGGGAACAUUGGUCGUACAAUACUUAAACUGAAACAUUUCAGGCCCAGUUUGUCAUCACUACAAACCAGGAAUGGCCUUAUGGUAACGUGGAUGUCGGCUGUGAAAGCCAUCGAUACCGCUGUCGCCCCGUCGUGCCUUUGUGAGUCCUGACGGGCCGAGACCCACCACCAUGGCCUCAGUGUUACCACGCUCCACAUCUGUCAGGCUUCCCGCUCUGGCUAUACUCGUCCUGCUCCUGAUGUCGGUUACCACAGUACAGUCUUCCCAAGGCGACAAGGAGCCGGUUUACCGAGACUGUGUGAAGCACUGUGUCCGGACCAACUGCACCGGAGCUCGGCUACGGGGCUUCCAGUCUGCCCAGCCGCAGUACAUGGCGCUGACAGUCUCCUGUCUAUCUGUUCCCAUGUUCGAGGUUGGACAUGUCGUGAUGACUGUCGCUAUCAGUGCAUGUGGACCACCGUGGGCCUCUACCAGGCCGAGGGGUACAGUGUCCCACAGUUCCACGGCAAGUGGCCAUUUGCACGCUUCCUGUGUUUUGAAGAGCCAGCGUCUGCCCUGGCCUCUCUGCUUAAUGGCCUGGCCUGCCUUCUCAUGCUGCUGCGCUAUCGGAGCACAGUACCGCGCCAGAGCCCCAUGUACCACACCAUCAACGCCUUCUCUCUGGUAUCUCUUAAUGCCUGGUUCUGGUCUACAGUGUUUCACACCCGAGACACCUAUCUCACAGAGAAAAUGGACUAUUUCUGUGCAACAGCAGUCAUUCUUUACUCUAUCUACCUAUGCUGUGUCAGGUAUGCUCUACAACAGAACAUUAGGUCUGAGGCGACCAGGGGUGUCCAGCAUGGUGGGAGUCCUGCUCAUCUUGGCCUUUACCUCGCACGUGUCCUACUUGACCUUUGUCAGUUUUGACUACGGGUACAACAUGGCUGCUAAUGCCAGCAUCGGUAUGGUGAACCUCCUGUGGUGGCUGUGUUGGUGCUGGCAGAACCGGCGGACCUUACCUUACUGGUGGAAGUGUGGGCUAGUGGUGCUGCUGCUUCAUGGUCUGGCCCUGCUGGAGCUGCUGGACUUCCCCCCACUGCUCUGGAUUUUAGAUGCUCAUGCUGUGUGGCACCUUAGCACAAUCCCAGUGCACUUCCUUUUCUACAGUUUCCUGAUAGAUGACAGCCUCUACUUAUUAAACACAGAGAAGAUGGGUGUCAAAGUUGAGUAGCACUGCUCACCACUUCCUCACCGCACCUAUGCCCUCGCACUCCUCCAAACAGGGCAUCCGGACACCCAACCAUGGAAGUGGUUCAGCCUCCCAGAUGACAUGCAUGUCACCAUUAAGACUUUGAUCAAAGGCUCACUUUGUUUACGUCUUUUUGUUUGAAUUUUCUUUUAUUUGUUUGGGGGUAUAUUCUUUUUAUGUUUAAAUGACAGUUCCCAUUUUCCUUUGCCUUGUACUGAAUGAACUGUGCUACCAUUCUUUUGCCAUUUAUCAUAAUUGUAAAACAGGAUGAAGGAUUAAGUUUUAUUUUCUGCCACAGCAGAAGCACUUUUUGACACCUCCAGCUGUGAUGACUGCGGUGCAUUUCCUGUUUCUUCUGACUCUCUGUUACGUCUGAAAUUUGUUCCUGUGAACCUGUAAUUUGACUCCAACCACAAAUGGCACUUUGCUGUGGCUGCCAGUAGAUGGCACCAAAUUCCUUGUCAGGGCAUCAUUAACUUUGUGCGUGCAGCAUGUGUCAGGCUCCAUCUGUGCCAAAAGUGAACAAGCUCACACCGAGAGGUGCCCCUUGUGAAGGGUGGAGGCCACCAGCAGAUUGUUCCAGAGACAGGGGGAAGGGAUUUUAUGUUUGGAGGCCAUUCUAGGCCAUCACACCUUUAUUUUGGUGCCUCUGUUGUUUCUGCUGCCACUUUUGUUUCUUUCAUUUAAGAUUUUUAUUUUCAUUUUUAUCUGCGGCCUUAGUUGUUUUUGUUGUUGUUGACCAAUUUAUGCUUUAUCCUUUUUGAGAGUUUUACUUUGAUUGCUUGAUGUCCUGAUGAUAAAAUGGAAAUAUUAUUUUGAUUCACCUGGAUUGCCUUUUAAGUGUGAGGAAAAUGAUAGAGGUAGGAAUUAUAAGCAGUGCAACAGGAAGCUGCAGUCAGUGGGACAAAAAAAUUCUAAAAUUCUGGGGUUAGUGUGUGUGUGUGGGGAGGGGAGACAAUAAGUGUUUAGGUGUUUGACACCCAUUAUUUUGAUUUGGUUGCAUUUCUUGCUGCAGUGUUUCCCAGAAUGACACACAAACAGCCUUACAUACUGUGUCACAAUCUGCUUAUCUGUGACCACGUUUCUUCUUCUUUUGUAACAGAUCUUUUUUCCUCAACAAAAUAACUGAAUUCAUAUCAUAUAUGGCUUCAACCAUCCGAGUUUAUCUUCCACAUGUGCACCUCACUGUGUUGGAGGUUCUGCCCAUGCCUUUGUGUUUCUGUGUGAGAAUGAGAACAAUGAGCAGUAUGUGUGUGUGUAUGUGUACACGUUGCCUUGACUCAACAUUAUAUUGUAUUGUGUGUUUGCCAUGAUAAACUGAAUCGCUGUACGUGACAGCUUCAGGAUGCUUGAUACUUUUGUAAAGGUACCGAUGGUUGAGUGUGUGCGUGUGUGUCUAUAAAUAUAUUCCAUAUGUAUGAGGAUUUCUGCAUGAGCAUGUGUGAGGUGAUGGGUAAAUUUAGCUUUACUGACAGCUUGUGACUGGGGUGGGGGAAGCCUUGGACAGUUUGUCACAGGUCUGGGGGAUGACAAGAUAUUGGACAAAAUUGUGUAUAUUAUUAACUACUGACAUUUAUGAAAUGUCUGGGGCCCAGUUAAAAAAACAUCUAAAAAACAAGAAAUUAGUAUUUGAAUUACUAUUUGUACCUACUAAAAGGUACAAAUACUUCUUCCUAAGUCAUUUCUCUAGUCAGUUUUAUUUUUACCAUAAAAACAAACUCUGGUUUUACUCUGUAAAUCAUUCCACUGUUGCUUUGACUUUACCAGUGACCACAUCCCUCCUUUCCCCCCACUCAUCUGCUGCCCCCUGCCUGCUGCCCUGUGCACUAUCACCUCUCCUACUGUGUGCAUUUUCCUGUACCUCACAUUAUUUGACCCAAAACAAACAAACAAACAA